CCAAACCUCCCGUCCUAGCAUCGCCUCGCAGCUCAUCUUUCAUCUAGCUUGAUUAGCUAGCUUGCUGCUAGGUUUGGGGAAGCAUGAUGAAGCUGUCGGUGGCCAUCGUGUGCGCCCUGGUGGCGGCGGCGGCGCUGGUGAUCGGCGGCGAGCCGGCGGCGGCGAGCGAGCUCAAGGUCGGGUACUACGGCAAGACGUGCAAGGGCGUCGAGAACGUGAUCAAGUGGCACGUCAUCAAGGCUCUCAAGCAGAACCGCCGCACCGGCGCCGCCCUCGUCCGCCUCCUCUUCCACGACUGCUUCGUCAGGGGGUGUGAUGGGUCUGUGCUACUGGACAAGUCGUACGAGAACCCUCACCCGGAGAAGGAGGCGCCGGUGAACAUCGGGCUGGCGGCGUUCGACCUGCUGGAGGAGAUCAAGGCCGCCGUCGAGAAGCGGUGCCCGGGCGUGGUGUCGUGCUCCGACAUCCUCAUCUACGCGGCGCGCGACGCCGGCAGCAUCCUCAGCAACGGCCACGUCCACUUCGACGUCCCCGCCGGCCGCCUCGACGGCUUCGUCUCCUCCGCCGACGAGGCCCAGAGGGAGCUCCCGGACUCCACCAUGACCGUCCAGCAGCUCGCCGACAACUUCGCCGCCAAGGGCUUCGACACCGAGCAGCUCGUCAUCCUCUCCGGCGCGCACUCCAUCGGCGCCGGCCACUGCUCCUCCUUCACCGGCCGCCUCUCGGAGCCGCCGCAGCAGAUCGUCCCGGCCUACCGCGACCUGCUCAACUACAAGUGCUCCCAGGGCGCCAACCCGGACGUCGUCAACAACGUCCGCGACGAGGAGUACGCCACCGUCGCCCGGUUCAUGCCGGGCUUCACCAGCCGCGUCCGCAAGAUCAGCGACUUCCUCGACAACACCUACUACCACAACAACCUCGCCAAGAUCGUCACCUUCCACUCCGACUGGCAGCUGCUCACGAACCAGACCUCGCUCGACAAGGUCCACGAGUACGCCAACAAUGGCACGCUCUGGGACGAGGACUUCUCCGACUCGCUGCUCCGGCUCAGCAAGCUGCCCAUGCCGGAGGGGAGCAAGGGCGAGAUCAGGAAGAAGUGCAGCGUCAGCAACCACUUCCAAUACUAAUUCGAUAUCUAUGCAUGCGUGCAUGGGCAAAAGACCAAACGGAUGAUCAAAUAACUAUAUAUGAUUGUAGUUUGAUUUGGCUGCUUCUCUUUUUUUUUUCUUUCUUUUUACAUCGAUCCAUUCUUUUUGAGUUCCAUUCGUUUGUAAUUUGUUCUGUAAUUCGUCGAUCUCAGCCAUGUUAAUCUGUUACAUAAGUUAUACAAUACAACUCUGCAUACAGUAAAAAUAAUUAACUGCGAUGUUAAUUAAUC